AUGGUGCGUGUCUUGCUGGAGAAUCAAGCGUAUGUGCGUUCCGGCAGCUUUGAUGCUUUGCAGCUGGCAGUUGAGAAUGGCUUUGCUGACAUCGUCGAGCUGCUUCUAGCCUUUCAGGCUGACACAGAGUCGACAGAGACGGCCUUUCGCCGAACAUGUCUACACAUCGCUGCCGCAAGGGGAUUUCUGGAUGUUGCGAGACUGCUGCUCCAGGCGAAGGCAGACAAGGAUCGGACAGAUAAGAAUGGAAACAGCGCGCUGGCCUUGGCAGCAGGCGAAGGUCAAGCUGAGGUCGUUUCUUUGCUGCUGAAGGCCGCUGCUGCAAAGGACAACACCAACGUGGAAGGGCAGACACCGCUCUUCCGCGCUUGCAUGCAAGGCCAAGAUGAUGUUGCAGGCAUGCUGCUUCAUGCAGGUGCCGACCGAGACAAAAGUGAUCUUGCAGGAGACACGCCCCUGAUCAUUGCCUGUAAGUGGAACAACAUGGACAUAGUACGCCUUCUACUGGCCGCUAGGGCAAGCGCAGACGUGCCCAACCGGGCUGGCCAGACGCCCCUUAUCGUCGCAUCGAUGCGCGAUCACCGAUGUAUUUCGCAUCUUUUGCUGCUGUCGAACGCGGACGCCGACAACGGCGAUAAUGAUGGCCUUACGCCCCUAAUCCUCGCAGCGGAAGCCGGCCACGUGCAGAUUGCACAGAUGUUGCUGCAGUUCAAGGCAGACAUCAACAAGGCCAACCAUGCCAAGCAAAGCCCUCUAUUCGCUGCCUCAGCGGGCGGGUGCUUGGAAAUGUGCCGCUUGCUCUUGGACUCUGGCGCAGACCCAGGCAAGCCGGACCUGAAAGGCACAACACCUUUAGCUGUGGCUUCCGAACAAGAUCAUCGCAGAGUGGCCCGCUGUUCGUGA